UGGUCAAAACCCUAGAAAUCAAUAACGCAGAGAACGUAGCCAGAUUUCUCUUCACGCGAACUCUCAUCAGACACUCGUCACCCGCACAGAUUUUGUUCCCACCAAAUAUUUACCCAUUCAUUAGAUCAAGUAACAGAAUAUCAAUUCAGUUCUUCUAAUGGCUGGUCAGAGGAACACUUAUGGCAAGAGAACCCAUUCUCAGUCUGACUAUUCAGACAACGGAGGGAGUAAAAGGAGGAAUCCUGGUGAUGAUAGAGAUCAAUUUGUUAUUGAUUCAGAAGAUACUGUUUACCGGUACUUGUGCCCUGUAAGAAAGAUUGGAAGUGUUAUUGGUAGGGGAGGAGAAAUUGUCAAGCAGUUGAGGGCAGACACUAAAUCGAAGAUUAGGAUUGGCGAGACAGUGCCGGGAUGUGAUGAGCGUGUUGUUACUAUCUACAGCUCCAGUGAGGAGACUAAUGCCUUUGAAGACAGUGGUAAUCAUGUUUGUCCGGCACAGGAAGCUCUUUUCAAGGUACAUGAUAGAGUUGUUGCUGAAGAUUUGCAUGAUGAUGAGGACUCUGAUGGAGGUCACCAAGUUACUGCUCGGCUUCUUGUUCCAUCUGAUCAGAUUGGCUGUGUCAUUGGAAAAGGCGGACAGAUUGUUCAGAAUAUUCGUGGUGAGACUGGAGCCCAAAUUCGCAUUCUUAAGGAUGAACAUUUGCCUCCUUGUGCCUUGAGCUCUGAUGAGCUCGUUCAGAUAUCUGGGGAAGCCCCUGUUGUGAAGAAGGCUCUGCAUCAAAUCGCAUCUCGCCUGCAUGAUAAUCCAUCACGAUCUCAGCACUUGCUUACUUCUGCUAUGUCCAAUGUGUAUGCAUCUGGUGGUUCGUUAAUGGGUCCAAGUGCUGGUGCUCCAAUUGUGGGCAUAGCGCCGCUGAUGGGUCCUUAUGGAGGAUACAAGGGUGAUACUGGAGACUGGUCGCGCUCCUUAUACUCGGCUCCAAGGGAUGAAGCAUCUUCAAAAGAAUUUUCUCUUCGUCUAGUUUGUCCCACUGGCAACAUUGGAGGUGUGAUUGGCAAGGGUGGUGUCAUAAUCAAUCAGAUCAGACAGGAGUCUGGGGCAGUAAUUAAAGUUGAUAGUUCCACUGCUGAAGGAGAUGACUGCUUAAUAACUAUCUCAGCAAAGGAGUUCUUCGAAGAAACGUAUUCUCCCACCAUACAAGCAGCUGUGCGCUUGCAACCCAGGUGCAGCGAGAAAGUUGAAAGAGAUUCAGGAGCUGUCUCAUUCACAACCCGCUUACUUGUCCCGACGUCACGAAUUGGCUGCCUUAUUGGUAAAGGAGGAUCUAUUGUAACAGAGAUGAGGAGACUUACCAAAGCUAAUAUUCGCAUACUCUCAAAGGAAAACCUUCCCAAGGUUGCAUCUGAAGAUGAUGAGAUGGUGCAGAUUUCUGGAGACCUAGAUAUUGCCAAGGAUGCUCUUAUACAAGUAGUUACACGAUUGAGAGCUAAUGUUUUUGAUAGAGAGGGUGCAGUGUCUGCAUUCCUUCCUGUUCUGCCUUAUCUGCCUGUGUCAGCAGAAGGUUCCGAUGGUAUAAAUUAUGAGAAUAGAGAUAGUAAAAGACAUGGACGAGGACAUUCUUAUUCUGGUGGUUAUGGUGGCUCAGGUGACUUGGCAGCUGCUGACAGUUAUGGAGGUUAUGGUGGCUCUCAGAUUGGAGGUAGUGGCAGUGCUUAUGGAGCUUAUGGCAGUUAUUCUUCAGGGCGUACUGGUAGCUCUGGGUUGUCAGGCCAGACCCCUGUUUCUCGUCGGAGAAACUAUGGUUACUAGUGUUUGUUGGUUGGUGCCUGCAGUGGAACUGCUUGACAAAAGCAUUGACUAAUGAUAGUACGGCAGAAUAUUUUACUGAAGUUGCGGCAACAUUAUUAGCUAGGCAUGGGUUGGUGAUUAUGGAGACAUCUGUUUUAAGGAUAGGAUCAGGUGUGCACCCAAUAGUGUUUAUCUUUCAGCUCCAAUGAUGUGUGUGGCUGUACUACUGAAACUCAUGCUUUUUUAAAAGUUCUAUUUGGCAGUUGCAUUGGCUUCCUGGCGGUUUCAUUUUAAAAAUGAAAUAUAUAGUGAUACUGAUGGAGUUCAUGGCUGAAGUCGGUUAUAAAGAUGCCAGCUUUUAAGGUCUGGUUGCUGGGAAAUUUUUUUGGUGCAUGCUUUUGGAGGCGGAUUUGGAGAUUUCUUGCGUGUAGUUGAUAAAUAAUGAUUCUUGGGACUUGUUAAAAAAAGGUUAAUACAUCAUGAUCCUUGGGGUAGGUCAGAUCUCUUCACAACCCCGUAAAGAGUGGGCUCAAUGGGAUGCAAAUUUCUAGCUCACCAAAUGUUAAUAUAAGUUUCAUGUGCUAUUCCUUUUGCAGGUUCCACAAGUAUCGUCUUCAUAGAAGGCAGGUACAACCUGAGAAUGAACAUCGUAAACAGGCAAGUUCCAAUUUGGUUUGUUGAGAAUUCAAAUUGCCUUUCAAUUUUUCA